GAUAUUAUAUACCAAGCGGGCGGCGUUUCCUCUUCCGCCGCCGUUGUGUGCUCGCUUUGCCCGUGUGUUUUGUUGUCUACACGGGAGUUAGAAAAAAGGGGAGGGGCCGCUCUUUAAGGUGGAAAGGUAACCCCUUACCGGUGAUUGCUCGAGGGGCCGUACCUUUUGCACGUUAAGUGAUGCGCCACGAAGGAGGGCUCCAGAUGGCUUCUGCAGCAGAUUCAAAAUGGCAGAAGGACGCGGCAGACCAGAACUUCGACUACAUGUUCAAGCUGCUCAUAAUCGGGAAUAGCAGUGUCGGCAAGACAUCCUUUCUCUUCCGUUACGCAGACGACUCCUUCACAUCGGCGUUUGUCAGCACCGUAGGGAUAGACUUCAAGGUCAAGACGGUUUUCAGGCAAGACAAGAGAGUCAAACUUCAGAUCUGGGACACAGCGGGCCAGGAGAGAUACCGUACCAUCACCACAGCGUACUACAGAGGGGCCAUGGGCUUCAUCCUCAUGUAUGAUGUCACAAACGAGGACUCCUUUAACAGUGUCCAAGACUGGUGUACUCAGAUCAAGACGUACUCAUGGGACAACGCCCAGGUGGUGCUGGUCGGCAACAAGUGUGACCUGGAGGACGAGCGGGUCAUCUCCACGGAGCGCGGAAAACAGCUGGCGGACCAGCUGGGCCUGGAGUUCUUCGAGACGAGCGCGAAAGAGAACAUCAACGUAAAGCAAACAUUCGAGCGCCUGGUAGACAUCAUCUGCGACAAGAUGUCGGAGAGUUUGGAUUCGGAUCCCUCGUUAGUCAGCAAGGGGCAGGGGACCCGGCUCACGGAAAACCCGCAGCCCCAGCAAAGCGGAUGCGCUUGCUGAGAUCGCUAUUCCCAUAGCUUAAAAAAAAAAACGUUCAAAGUAGAGUUGAGGGACAUUUUGUGUCUGAAACCUCCUUCAAAGCGGGUGACGCUCAAAAUGUUUUACUAUUUAGUAUUAUUUCCUUUUUUGUACCACAUUUCAUGCAAAAAAAACAUUAGCCCAGUUUUGUAGCUGUUUUUUUUUUCCGGCUUUUUUUUCUGUGUGGUGUAUAAUGUGGGAACGUUUAAUACCUGUUUUUAAAGUGUAGAAAAAGAAGAGGUAAUUGUUAUGCCAGCAGUGACCACUACAAAGUUCUUGUCUUGUUGUUAAAGAGCAGUAAUGUGUGAAUGCACAAUUAUAGGAUUUAGUGUCAGGGCCCUCAGAGAUAGCGAAAAGGAGACCCAACAUAUGUCAUAGCUGGAUUGAACGAUAGAUAACAAAGAAAAGCUGUGUUUUCCCAUCUUAAAGCUCUUUAAGUACUCAAAUCUACACGUAGUAAGCAAAGAAACUCGCAGCUUAUGUCCAGUCAUUUUAAUUCUCUUUCAUUAAACAAGAAUAUACUUGAGAUUAUAGAUAAGAUUAUAUGUACAUUGUUUUCUUCUAUAAUCUACGAUACCCUGGACGAAAGGAUGUGCUCGUUAUGUCAUUGUUGUUCUGCCUUUUCAUGAUGUCAUUUUAUGGUGUAUUGUUCCUGAUAUUGCCACAAUGAUGACCAAAAGAAGACCACUGUUUAAUGUACUUAUAAAAAGUUGUGUGAUGGAAAGAAACUAUAAUAGUGGUGAAGGAAUAGGGAGAAAUGUGAAAAGCAUUAGAGCUUUGUCAAAGAAGAAAAGUUAGCAGAGAAAAAAGUUAUGUGGGGCCACUUCUUGGGAGGACAUUUGAUGUAAUCUACCUUGUUACAUGAUUCACAAAUGUCGAACUGUAUUGUGAUCAUCGCAUGUUAAUUAGCUAUGCCUCUAAAGGCAUUUCCACUGUACAUAAUGAAAUUUCACAUAGGUCUCAUUUCUAGCGGGAAACGGGUGAUUUUAUUCCUUAAAAUAAUUAAAAAAGAAAAUAACCAAUCCUAAAGUCUUGCCCACCUCUGUCAAAACUGCAAAGUAGAACUUGAAAAUGAAAAAUUUGACAGACAGGCAGCCACUCUCUCAUUGGUUGAACUGCAAAUUGCCAUGCUGCCAUUGGCUGGGCUGUAAUUGUGAUUGACAGUCAGAUUCUGUCUAUUGAAACUUUUCCAUAGCAUAAUGUUGGUAAAACUACGCUUUCACAAAUUAUAACUUCUAUGGAAAAACCAAAAGCUAGGAACAGAAUUGUGCCACUACAUCUCUAUAGCAGAGUAUAUUUAAUUUUUGGCGACGUCUCAGGGGCAGAGGCCUUUUUUUGGGGCGGAGAGGUAAACCCUAACACCAAUACUUUCAAGGGUUCAUGAAAGCAGUACACACAGUGGCACACUCCUACAACUGUGAAAUUAACAUCAAAUGCAUUUUUUCUGUCUACAUACAUUAUAAUGGACAAAAAUAUGAUCUCUUUGAAAUUGAAUCACACCAAGUGUCCUGCCAAGAAUGUACGGAGAAAUACAUGUUACAGCACUCGGCUUAGUACAAUGUGUAUAUUUGUGAACGCAUGAUUAUCGUAUCUUGGAGGCUGCUAUGUGUAAUGUCAACUCUAGGUAGUAUUUUCUCCUGGACCAUACUACUGGUGAAUGAAGAAAAAGAUGAAAAAAAAGGGAACAAAACGAACCAGUAACGAACACUUGGAUAGUAUCCUAAUGUCCCUGUGGAUAGUUAAAAACCUAGAGAUUUAGGAAAAAAAGUAUAACUUAUUUAUUAGGGGCUUGUUUUCAAUGUUAGCUAGAUAGGCACAUUUCUAUUGUGGAUUGUUGUCAGCAUGGUAGAGCUGUCUGUAUAUUUUGGAGUAGUAUACUUUAGAUUCUAAGUGACUUUGUGGUGCAAGGUUUAUGGUAUUAAUUAAUGGUGCGCUCAGCCAUAAACAUCCUGUAUGACUGGAAUUAUGUCAUUUGUGUCAGUGAAUUUGUGGACUGUUCCAGGGGUUAUUGGUACUCUGAUGGUACUCUGUAAUCACAUUUUCCCUAUGUCGCCCUCCUUGCUUGUAAACUUUUAUUUCCAAAGCUGGAACUGUAGACAUGUGCAUGAAACAUACAAUUAUGUACUUGUAUGCUGCACAUCCGAUGUUGCCAGCUAGGUGGCGUCCUUGACACGUGACACACUACACACUUGACUUAGAGUCCAAAGGCAUUUUGGGUAAAUGUGGUUGGGCAGUUUAAUUUGGUCCAAUUUUUAUGUAACGCAAGUGCAAAUGCAGAAUGUUCAUGGCAUAUAUUAAACGUCAUAGAUGGCAAGAA